UAACAGCUCUCCCAGGCACUAGGUACCCAGCACUGAGACAUCUAUUCUUUGAGCUGAAAAUGAUGUGCAGUAGCAAGAGUUUGCUCCUGGCUGCUUUGAUGUCACUGCUGCUACUCCACCUCUGCAGCAAGUCAGAAGCAGCAAGCAACUUUGACUGCUGCCUCCAAUAUACAGAAAAAAUCCUUCAUCCCAAAUUUAUCGUGGGGUUCACACAGCAGCUGGCCAAUGAAGCUUGUGACAUCAAUGCAGUCAUCUUAUACACAAAGAGAAGAUUAGCUGUGUGUGCAGAUCCAAAGAAGAGUUGGGUGAAACAUGUAGUGCAUAUCCUCAGUCAAAGAGUCAAGAAGAUGUAAAAACGGAUACUCCCUGGACUGGAACUGGACACAGCCCAAGAACAAAAGGAACCUAGCUGAGCUGGCAGUUUCACUCACACACUGUUGCAGGUUCAGAGCUUAUCUGAUUUGUGUCUCAUUGGACUUGUCCAAUUAGUGAAGUUGAUUCAUAUUGCAUCACAGUUUGCUUUGUUAAGCAUCACAUUAUACUCUAUUUUAUGUUAUGUUAUUUAUAUAUGUGGUUUUGUUUGUGUUUUGCUAUUUAAUACUAGUUUUCUAUAAGCUAUCUGGUUUAGUAUGUGGUAUAAAGUUAUACUUGGAGGAAUAAGAUAUAUGGACUUUCUUGCAAGCAGAAGGCUAUUAAAAAAAACACUUAACAUU